GGCUCUGAGCUUCACAUAGAUUUUGUGCUGAAGCAAGGGCCCAAAAUGUUUGUUCAAUUCGAGCAUUUCCUUUUUCCACUAUCGCCCUGCAAUUAAUUAAAAAAAGAAAGAAUGAGAUAUUGUUAUUAUUAUUCUGUUUUGUUACUAUUUAGUACUCCCUCUAUUUAUAAAAUAGUCACUUUUUAUAAUUUUGGGACAUUCAUAAAAAUUAGUCAAUUUCUGUUUAUGAAAACUUUUUAUUACAUGGUGGCGCUUGUUCUCAUUAUUUGCACUAAUUUUAAGUGAAGUUCUUUCUGCAUUCAAAAUAUAUUAACUAUUUUUAUUAUAAUUUGUGUCAUCCCUUUCUAAAUUUAUUUUUUGUGAACCUAGAAAAUAUUUAUUAUCAAUAAAUAGUGUAAAGGAGACAUGCCGACCCUAUAUCUAUAACAGUCUCAAGAUGUAGGCUCCUACAUACAACUGCAUUAUAGUGCUAUAUAUUUAUGUGGGGCAUUUAUUACAUAACGAAAUUCAAAAUGACGACUGAUUUAGCCAUAAGGAGACAACCCAGGUAAUUAAAUGUUGAUUAUUGCUAGGGAUGUAAAUGUGGUUGAGCGGGCUUGGGUAUUCUAUCCACCUCACAUGCAUCUUCUAAUAAAUUCAUCCUCAAAUCUGACACACAUUGCAUAUUCAUUUAAAUUAGGACGGGACGAGAAUUAUUUGAUGGAGAAGAAUACUCAUUGAAUACUCGUUCUUAAUACUUUGCCCUUGCCUUUGUCCCCACCCCGUUAGAGGCGUAUACCCACGAGUAAAACUGUCCUCCUUAAUUAUUACUCCCUCCGUCCCAAAUGAAAUGGCCUAUUUCUUUUCGACACGGAGAUUAAGAAAUGUGUAUAAAGUAGAUAAAGUGGGUUGGUGGAAAGUAUUUAAAUAUUAAGUAUAGAGAGAGAGUGUAUUGCCAAAAAAGGAAACAGGACAUUUCGUUUGGGACAGCCCAAAAAGGAAAACAGGACAUUUCGUUUGGGACGGAGGGAGUACAUAUUUAGGUCAUUUAUUUAAAUAGUUCGAGCAUGAAUAGUUGAAAAUAACGGAGCAAAAGUUACUAGUGGUUGAAAGUAAUAUCACAAUUAGGGACAAAAAGGAAAAUAUACUCAUUUUAUAAUAGCAUAAAUAAAAUAGUAAAUAUAUACUAAUAUAUGUUUACACACUUGCACAAUCAUGCAAAUGUACGAAUAUAAUGUAGGUUUACACACUUGCACGAUCCACAUUGGUUGAGGUUGGAGAAGAUAAUAAAGUCAUGGAGGAAAGAUGAAUUGAUUGGGGGAAGACGUCGGGGAAGAUGAAUUAAUUUGGUGGGGGAAGAUGAUGAAGUUGAGGGAGAUUUUUUUUAAUUAAUUUAGUUAUGUUAUAGUAUACUUAAGGGUGAAUACGUCUUUUUAUAUAAAAGUGUAGUUUUUAUGUAUGUGGGCAUUAUUUAUUUUUCUUGUACCAAAAUUGGUGUAUAUUUAUAUUAGCUCAUCAUAAUUAUAUAAGGAUUAAUUUAUUAUCCAUAUUAACACAAUCUUUUACUAAAUUUAAAUUUAUGUUUACAUAUGUUGCAUUCGGGCUAGGGUGGGCUGAAGUCCAUCCCCAACUUUUCAUUUUCAUUUUUUUUUGUUAAUAAUUUAUAACAUGCACAAUUCCAACAACAAUAACAUAGAAUCACUAGAAAAAAUGAAACAAAGAUUAAUAGCAAAGUGCAUGGGCCGUAAAACCGGCCCAAUUUGUGUAACGUUUAGAGCCUCCUUAUGUGGGCUGCAUAUAAAAUUCCCAAAAAGAUAUUCUCACAGAAAUUUCUCAGUUUUCCUAUUUGUUUUAAAUCCAAACAAUUUCAACUAUAUCUAAUUUAAUUCUACUUGGUUGGAUUCAAAACCACUUAUUAGUGAAGAAGUUGCAGUACCUCAAAGGAAAAAAAAAAAAAAAAAAAAGUGAAAGAAGCUAUAAUUUUUUACUAUUUUUUUAGGAGGGGGAGCGGUGACUGGUGAGUUUGAGCGUGGAAGAAGUUAUAGUUAUGGAAACUACAAAUAAAAUAACAAAAAAUAGAAAAAAAUUAUUAAAAAAAACGAAAAAAUUAUAAUAUGGAAAAAAUAAUAAAACUAACUAAAUUCUUUUAAACUUGAAUCAAAAUUUAUAAAUAAAUUGAUUUUUAAAAUAAUUUAACCUUAUUUUUAUCCGAACAAAUUUUGUCCAAAUAACACUACUCUAUCCAUAAUAAAAGAAAUCAAUUUGGCAAAAAUGGUCCAAUAGUAUCCGAAAACUCACAAGUUCUCGGAAAUAUACGUUUAAUGAGUUCCAAGGCAGCUAUAUUGACUAUCGCGUUGUGUACCACGUGGCGUAUGCCAUGUCUUGAAAUAUCUAUCUAAGCAUAGGAAAAUUCUACUAUAAUAUAUAAGUACAUUGUCUCUAACAACCAAAAAAAAAGUCACUUGUGUUAUUUCAAAUUAGAUAGAACAUUAAUAUUUAAAAGCUAAGCCGAAAAUUAUUAUCCCAAACUAUUAUAUUUUGAAACAUAACAACAAAAUAGGUAACAUUAUGAGCUAUUUGGUUGGCAUUUGAGUGUGACAAAACUCAAAAACCAUAGGAGUACUUUUUUGCAUGAUCAAAAAUGUCAAAAAGCUCAACAUAAAGCGAAUUCAUGAGAAUUAUCACGGAUAUAUUACGCAUGCACUGACAUAAAGAGAAUCUAUAUACAACUAUUCUAUUCAAGUGCAUAUUCUAUAAUUCACGUCGUGUAUUUCGACUUUCACAUUAACAAUAAAUAGAAUUUUUCUUUGUAGGUAUUAAAAAAUAAAAAAACACUAAAUUUAUGUAUUUAUAAACAAAAAAUAAAAAUCAAGUUAAAUUUCAGAAAAUGAACAAAGUUUGUGUAUUUACCGACUAAUAAUUCGAUCUUUUAUAUGUCAAGAUUUAUAUAAAUCUGUUAAUAUUUAGAUAUGGAUCAAAGUAUGCAUGAUGACACAUUAAUAUUCGAAUUCAAAUCACUAUUUAAUUGUCAAUAAUUUAUUAAUAUUUAAUAAUAUUUCAAAUUCAAUUUAAAAUCCUAAAAUCGUCUCGUACAAAAACGUACCCGGAUAAUAUUUAUAGAGAACCAACUACAUAGCCACACUUUUAUACGUAAUUAGUCAUAUUAUAUGAUACGAAACGCCAUAGUAUUAUCUUCUACUAUGUUUAAUGAAAAUACAAUAUAUAUUUAAGGUUGAGCAAUAUUCGAAUCAAAUUUGAUAUUCCACUCAUAAUGAAAUAUAUACUAUCUCGUAUUACCCUAAAACAAAAUGAUAUAGACGUGCUCAAAAUCCCAAAACUAAUUAUCCUCAACUUUGUUAUGAAGAGCGAGAUUGAAGGCUAGCCUCUUAUAUAAUCAAAAUCAAAUCAUUGACCGCAUCAAAAAAUUAAAAUAUGUAAAAAACAAAAACCAUAGAAAUAGAAAUUUUCUACACAUCGAAAAAAAAAAUACACCAAAACCAUGUCCAAACUGGAUCCGUACCAACACCUAAAAAUCUCCCUCAACCCCGACGGCUCAGUGACCCGCCUUCCGACGGCCGCCGCCACCGGCGAAACCCCCCUCCUCUCCGGCCACGCCGUCCUGAGCAAAGACGUAACCCUCGACGCCGCCAAGAAAACGUGGCUGCGGAUCUACCUCCCCGCCAGACUCCCCUCCAACGACACAACCGUCGCCCGCCUCCCCAUCAUCUUCUUCUUCCACGGCGGCGGAUGGAUCCGCACAUGCAUCGCCGACGCCGCCACCCACGACAACUGCAACCGCAUCUCCGCCGAGGUCCCCGCCGUCCUCGUCGCCGUCGAGCUCCGCCUCGCGCCUGAGAACCGCCUCCCCGCGCAGUACGAGGACGCCGCCGACGCCGUCGUCUGGGUCCGCGACCAGGCCGCGGAUAGCGCCGCCGGCGAUCACUGGAUCAGAGACUACGCCGACUUAUCCCGCUGCUACCUCUACGGCGUCAGCUGCGGCGCUAACGUCGCCUACAACGCCGCCCUGCUCUUGCAGGACAUGAAGCUGCAUCCGUUGAAAAUCGCGGGAACCAUUCUAAACCAGCCGUUUUUCGGGGCGAAGAAGCGGACCAAGAGUGAGCUAGAGCUGGCCGCCGACGAUAAUUUGCCGCUGCCGGUUCAAGAUUUACUGUGGGAGCUGGCGCUGCCGGUCGGGACGGACCGGGAUCACCGGUUCAGUAAUCCCUUCGUGGUGAAGGAGAAGGUGAACAAGAUUGGGAGGUGUUUGGUUAUAGGUUUUGGCGGCGACCCCUUGAUUGAUCGCCAGCAAGAUUUGGUUAAGAUGCUGGCGGAGGAGGGGGUCGCCGUGGAGGCGCGUUUCGACGACGCCGGCUUCCACGGCGUCGAUAUGGUGGACUCCAAGAGGGCCACGGCGGUUCUCAAUUUCAUCAAAACUUUUGUUUGAUAUAUAUAUUAUCAGAGAGAGAUGUUGUGCGUGGAUGUGAGUCUAUAGGUUUUAUUGAUUCAUCUCUUGUGGUCUUUAAUCACUUCAAACAUUUAAUUUUUUUUACCAAAAUUC